UCAAUUCUUGCGAUUCUCUAAAAGCUGUUCCGAUUUUUAUGUCUAUGGUGUGCACGCGAUGGAUAAUAAAGUUGGUAGCACUGUAUAUUAAACGCCUGGCCUGCCAUCUAUGCAUGCCAAGCUUCAAUUUGAAUGAAGAUUGUAACGAUCUUCACGUGUGUGUCUUAAUUUCAGUUUAGCGUCAUAACACUCUCAUCGAAGAACGAGGAAUUGCUCUCACAAUUGUUGCAGCAUUCUCUUAAUCGACGGAAAAAGAGCGGAUCGACUUAUAUAAUAAUGAAGCCCGCACGCCCGAAGACUCCAGCCCGUAAGCCAAUCGGUCGGCCGAAGGGAUCUAACAUGAUACCUACAGAUCCCGUGCAAGUUUAUUGUCGUUUACGGCCCAUGCAAUCUACGAAAGAUGUAUCGUGCAUGAGAGUCACGUCUGAUACGACGGUGGUGAUAACACCACCGGAGUCAUCAGCCAACUUUCGUACUACAACUAGCAAAGAGAUACAAACGACGUUCAGUUAUGUAUUUACGUCCGAUGUGAAGCAGAGGAAGAUAUUUGAAACAGUUGCCCUUCCCCUGGUUGAAAAUCUUAUUCACGGAAGAAACGGUCUCCUAUUUACAUACGGUGUGACAGGUAGCGGAAAAACUUAUACGAUGACCGGGGAACUGCAGGAUGCUGGUAUCAUGCCUCGGUGCUUGGAUGUUAUUUUCAAUACUAUCGCGACGUAUCAAACGAAAAAGUUUGUCUUUAAACCUGAUAAAUUAAAUGGUUUUGAUGUGCAAAGCGAGGUUGACGCUAUGCAGGAUAGGAGUCAAGAACUGUUGCAAAGAACUGGGAGACCCGGCAAACGGCGUAAGGUGGACAGCGAUGGGGAUAGUAAUCCGACGGUAGCUCACGAACGUAAUGAAUCGCAAAGCGUGGCGGUUGACACGGAUAAUGUGUAUGCUGUAUUUGUCACGUAUGUCGAAAUAUACAACAACAGUGUAUACGACUUGUUAGAUGAGGAUGAUAUCAGAAACAACAGGACACUGCAGAGUAAACUUGUUAGAGAAGACGGCAACAAAAAUAUGUAUGUACAUGCCGUCACGGAAGUUGAAGUAAAAAGUGCGGGGGAAGCUUUUGAGCUGUUUCAACGUGGACAACGGAAAAGACGCGUCGCGCAUACGGAAAUGAAUGCAGAAUCGAGUAGAUCGCACAGCGUUUUCACCAUCAGACUUGUACAGGCACGUUUAGAUCCCGAAGGCGAAUAUGUAAUGCAGUAUAAACCGAACGUGUGCGUAAGCCAAUUGUCUUUAGUAGAUUUAGCAGGCAGCGAGCGAACGAAUAGCGCUAAAACUACCGGUCAACGUUUACGAGAAGCAGGAAACAUUAAUAACUCUCUAAUGACCCUGCGAUCGUGUUUGGAAAUUUUGAGAGAGAAUCAGACUCGGGGUACAAAUAAAAUGGUUCCCUAUCGAGAUUCCAAGCUUACGCAGUUAUUCAAAAACUAUUUUGAUGGGGAAGGACAAGUCAGAAUGAUAGUCUGUGUAAAUCCAAGAGCGGACGAUUAUGACGAAACAAUUCAAGUCAUGAAAUUUGCGGAAAUGACUCAAGAAGUGCAUAUCACGAGGUCUAAUCCUGUAAAAUUUGACCUCGGUCUCACUCCUGGCAGAAGACAAGUGAAUAAGAUCAAGGAAACGAGAGGCAAAUUGGAGAGAGGCCGAGUGGAAGCCGUUGAUUUGAACAUUGACAUAGGUCCAAUGUACAGUUUGUUCGGACGCUUUCCUCAAUUGGAGACUAUCACCUCGGACAAUGAUCAAGUAAUACUAUCUUUAAUACAAUUCUUGGAACAACGUAUCAACAAGCGCAACAUGCUUCGUGCGGAUUUACAAAAGAAACAAGAGGAUUUUAGACGGAUAUUAAGGGGAAUAGAGCAAGAAAAUGGAAGUUUAAAAAGUGAAGUAGUUAUGUUGAAAAAUGUAAAUACACACCAGGAAAAAAAGAUAUCGGCAUUAGAAGGACACCUCUGCAAAACAGAAACGAAAAUCAAUAUUCUUUCACGUGAAUUAAACAAUGCUAAUGAUAUGGUGCGAAACUUACAGCAAGAGGUGAGAGAUCGGGAGUUGGCAUUAAAUCAACGUUCAAUAGAUAAGCAAAGAGUGAAGCAGAGAUAUAAUACAAAGAUGCGAGUCGAGACAAAUAAACUGACCAGAGAGUUAGAAAUAAAACUGCAUCAAGAGCGCGAACAACUUCAGAAUCAAAUGAAGCUUCAAGAAGACAAGUUACGUCAAGUAAAGCAAAUUGUCGGCGACAAUAACAUUAAUCCUGCCUCAUCGAGAGACCAUGCUCCAGAGUUGACAACGAGAGUGGUCAGUCCUGAUAGAGAUAGAAUAUCACGAAAGGUUGCCUAUUAUGAUAGAAUAGCCGUUUCGAACCCGAGGUAUAGACGAUCGCAAAGUGCCGACAGAUGGAUCGAUCAUAGACCUCAGACUCUCGUGCCAAUCGGGACUGUACUGCAACCACUGAUGCAAAGACGGCGAAGCGUAACGCAACUUACUUCCCCGAAAGAAAUUACGGAUGGCGCGUCUAGAUAUUGUCUUGUCGCACAAGAGCACGAUACGGACGGAGAACUUGAAACGAAAUUAUAUAAGGGCGACAUACUGCCAACGAGUGGUGGUGGAGCACAAGUAGUAUUUAACGAUAUGGAGUGUCUGAAACAAUCGUCACCGAAGGCGAGGAAACGUACUGGACCUCGUGAAGAGGGAAUGGACCAAGUAGAUAUUUCCACAUCAACGGAAACGAAAAGACCACGAGUAAUACCCUCGUAACUGAACGUGUCAUUCAUCAUGAUUUACUCGAGA